GCUAUUUCUGGGCGUGGCGCCACCAUGUGACAGGCAGUGGGGUAGAGAGGCGGAACGUAGUGGUUUCCCCUAGGAAUUUCCCGAGGCAGAACCCCUGUGAGGGGAGACGAGAGCCAUGCAGAGCGUCAUCAACACGGUGAAGGGCAAAGCUCUGGAAGUAGCCGAGUACUGGACCCCUGUGCUCAAGGAAUCAAAAUUUAAAGAGACUGGUGUUAUCACCCCUGAAGAGUUUCUGGCUGCUGGUGAUCAUCUUGUUCAUCACUGUCCUACUUGGCAGUGGGCAGCAGGUGAAGACUCAAAAGUGAAACCUUAUCUGCCUAACGACAAACAGUUUCUGGUGACGAAAAAUGUCCCAUGUUACAAAAGGUGUAAGCAGAUGGAAUAUUCAGAUGAGCAAGAGGCCAUUAUAGAAGAGGAUGAUGGAGAUGGUGGCUGGGUUGACACAUUUCAUCAUUCAGGUGUGGGCAACCUAACAGAGGCAGUAAAAGAAAUAACCCUUGAGUCCCAGGAUUCUGGGAAAGCAAUUGGUAACCCAACCUGCAAUGAUGAUGACGAUGAUGACGAAGGGGAAGCAGCAGACAUGGAAGAGUAUGAAGACAGCGGAUUGCUGGAAAAUGAUGAUGCAACUGUGGACACCGCAAAAAUUGCAGAAGCAUGCAAACCAAAAGCUGAUGUUGGGGGUGAUGAUGCAAUCUUACAGACUAGAACUUAUGACCUUUACAUCACAUAUGACAAGUAUUAUCAAACGCCAAGACUUUGGUUAUUCGGCUACGAUGAGCAACGUAAGCCAUUGACCGUAGAAAACAUGUAUGAAGACAUUAGCCAAGACCAUGUGAAGAAAACUGUGACCAUUGAGAACCACCCUAACCUCCCACCUCCACCAAUGUGCUCUGUACACCCAUGCAGACAUGCGGAGGUAAUGAAAAAAAUAAUUGAAACAGUCGCAGAAGGUGGAGGAGAGCUAGGAGUUCACAUGUACCUGCUUAUUUUUCUAAAAUUUGUACAGGCAGUGAUUCCUACAAUAGAAUAUGAUUACACGCGGCAUUUUACAAUGUAACUGCAACCAUCCAUAUUCAGAUCCUGUGAAAGCUCAAUUUUUAACGACACAAACUUCUUUUUUUUUUCUCAAACAUACAAAUAUGCAAAAUUUCUGUAAUGUAUAAUACGCUUAUUUGAUUAAAUUUCUGCAUUU